AUGUCGCCGCCUCCUGCGCCCCAGCCUCGCCCGGCGGCUCGGUCAUUCACACAAUCAACGAAUCGCCCACUAGGUGUCCGCCAAACCACACUAUUUGGUAUGGUUGCUAGAAACCCAGAAAAUCAGCCACCGCGCGGUGAACAGGUGUACUCCCCGCCUGAGAAGAGCGAGCCACCUACUCAGCAUAAACUUAACCAGGAAGCCUUGGGUACGUGGGUUUACCCUACAAAUCUGGGUAAAACUCGAGACUAUCAGUUCAACAUUGCACAGAAAGGCCUCUUUCACAAUUUGCUUGUAGCUCUACCCACGGGUCUUGGAAAAACGUUCAUUGCAGCUACUAUCAUGCUCAACUGGUUUCGAUGGACGAAGGAUGCUCAGAUCGUCUUUGUUGCGCCUACAAAACCGCUAGUUGCCCAGCAGAUUUCUGCAUGCUUUGAAGUCGCUGGAAUCCCGAGAUCCCAGACCACUAUGCUCACGGGGGAGGCUGCUCCGGGAAUCCGAGCCGAAGAAUGGAAGGCGAAACGGGUGUUCUUCAUGACACCUCAAACCUUGAUCAACGACCUCAAAACCGGGAUUGCUGACCCGAAGCGGAUUGUCUUAGUCGUUGUCGACGAAGCUCAUCGUGCAACCGGUGGUUAUGCAUAUGUCGAGGUUGUCAAGUUCCUGCGGCGGUACAAUCAGAGCUUCCGCGUCCUGGCUUUGACAGCUACGCCAGGCUCAACGGUGGAAUCUGUUCAGGCUGUCAUUGACGGCCUCGAUAUAUCGAGAGUCGAGAUACGGACAGAGCAGUCACUCGAUAUCAGAGAGUAUGUCCAUUCGAAAGACACGGAUGUGCAGACGUUCCAGAAUUCAGAGGAGAUGGUCCUUUGCAUGGACCUGAUGUCGAAAGCUCUACAGCCACUUCUUGAUCAAUUACGGAGUACAAAUGCCUAUUGGGGCCGUGACCCCAUGGGUCUCACAGCAUACGGACUCACCAAAGCCAGACAGCAAUGGAUGCUGUCCGACUCCGGCAGAAACGCCCAUUUCGGCGUGAAGGCCAAAAUGAAUGCAAUAUUCACUGUUUUAGCCAGCUUAGCUCAUGGCAUCGAUCUUCUCAAAUACCAUGGGAUUACACCCUUUUACCGUCAUCUUCUGCAUUUCCAAUCCAACACCGAGGGACAAAAGGGCGGCAAGUAUCAGCGGCAAGUCGUUCAGGAUGAGAGCUACAAAAAGCUCAUGAACCAUUUGCAGCCGUGGACAAAGAAUCCAGAGUUCAUUGGACACCCCAAGUUGGAGUAUCUGAAGCAGGUAGUGUUGAAUCAUUUCAUGGAUGCUGGUGAAGGCUCUGGGGCAGACGAAAACAAGGAUCAACCAGCCACUCGCGUGAUGAUAUUCGUACACUUCCGUGAUAGCGCAGAAGAGGUCACGAGAGUACUCAAGAGAUACGAGCCCAUGAUUCGGCCCCAUGUCUUCGUGGGGCAGAGUAGCGCCAAAGGCUCGGAAGGAAUGGGACAGAAAACACAACUCGACAUUGUGCAGAAGUUCAAAAAGGGUACCUACAACACCAUCGUUGCAACUUCAAUCGGCGAGGAAGGUUUGGAUAUCGGUGAGGUAGACCUCAUCGUGUGUUACGACUCUUCAGCUUCGCCUAUUCGUAUGCUUCAGCGCAUGGGACGUACCGGUCGAAAGAGAUCGGGAAAAAUCACACUCCUACUCAUGCAAGGCAAAGAAGAAGAGUCCUACAUCAAGGCCAAGGACAAUUACGAAAAGAUGCAGCAGAUGAUAGCCAGUGGCACCCGAUUCACCUUCCACGAUGACAUGUCUCCGCGGAUCUUGCCCCCGGGUGUGCGGCCUGUUGCUGAUAAACGAGCGAUUGAUAUUCCCGAGGAGAACACUGUGCGAGAUCUACCAGAGCCGAAACGACGCGGCCGGGCACCGAAGAGGCCGCCGAAGAAAUUCCAUAUGCCUGAUAAUGUCGAAACCGGGUUCACUACGGCAUCGCAUUUGGCCGGGACCUCGAAGCGCAGAGUACCAAAUAAAAGUAAGGCUCGAACGCCGACUCCAGAGCCCGUGGAAUUACCGGCGCUUGAAGAUGUCCUGCUUACCCCGGCGCAGCAAAAAGAACUUGAACUCCAUUACAGCAACGCCGGGCCCAGUGAAGAGCUUUUGGUCAGUUAUCCCAGAAGCGACGCCUUCCCACGCCUUCAGCUCGCGCCUAGACCUACGAAAGCGGUUAGGCACGGGUCAUUAACUCGUCGCAUGAUUGAAACGUUGCAGAAGAUGGACCAGAUCACUCCAGACUGUGGAGAUCGAUACAAGGGGAUCUUAGCGCGUGAGAAAGCCUCCAUGCCAAAAGCCUCGAUAGUAGCGCCUAAGCCCAACGGCCGUGGGGAGGCUCAGUCGAGGACCAAAGCAAGGCACACAUCCAAGGUGGUGUCAUCCAAGUCAAGGAAUCAGGAAGAGCAGGAUGUGACUGAAGUACAACGAACCCCACCAGGCAAGCACUCAGUAUCAGCGACUAACGCUGAAGUGGAACCGUUCUACUGCUCGCAGAGGACCCAAGAUGGAGAUACAGACGAUGAUUUUGACCUUCCUGAUGUCUCUACUCUGUUGAAUAGGAGUGUGGAGAGGCCCUCGACACGGGGCCGGUUUGUUCUGGAUGAUAGUGAUGACUGA